AUUACAUGUAUGCUGAAAAUUUAUAUUUUUGCGCGCUCUGCCUGAAAACAGUAUUGUUCUCGUCGUCUAGCGGUUAAGCGCCGAACUACCAAACAAAAAUUUGUUUGUUUUUAUGAAGUAAAUUAAUUCUAUGGUUUAUUGACACUUGUAAAUUGUUCUACGGGCACAAUAAUGACGAAAAAUUGAUUUACUAUUAACUCGAAACUUUGUAUUCGAAAAUUUUAAAAAUUGCAUUUGACGACUCUUAAACUUAGCUAUCUAGCAGUACAAAGUGGGAAUUAAUUGACCUAAACUUGAAUAUAUAUUUUCAAAAUGAAGUAUAAAUGAAAAUUUUAUUAUUUAUCGAUUUCAAAAAUGCCUAUUGUAAAGUAGGUAAAAUGUGUGCUAAUGUGCAAUUUUAUUACGAGUAGUGGGGACCUCUUCCCCUUGGCCGCCAUUUCCCCAGGGAAGCCAGAUUUGCUCUGAAGUGUACAUUGAAAUGACAACAAGUGAUUGAUAUUAUUGACGACGGUAUAAUGUGAGGUGAAAAAGAAAAUAUAUUUCGGCGCGAACGGGAGUGCACUUUGUUGGUGUAAGAAAAAUUCUAUUCCGAAUUCCCGUUAGUGAAUACAGGUUAUGUGAACUUCGAAACGCCUCGACGUUCGCCGUUUCUCCCAAACACCGGCCAGGAUGGGCCAGGGUACAGAUACCUGCUCGGACAGGCCUACUGAAGUUAGUGUCAUCAGAUUUGUAUCCAGGAAUCGUACCAUUGAAGAAAUCGUCCCAAAAAAGGAAAUAUAUACUUGUAAGCAACGAGGUUGUGGAAAGACAUUCACUAAUCAAGAUGAAUAUAAGACACAUGAAACUCUUGAAGCUUUAAAAAUUAGAUUCAUUUGUCGGGAGCCAGGAUGUGGAGAAGAAUUAUCUGACCCUGGAAGUAUGUGGCGGCAUUAUCAAGAAUGGCAUAAUAAUGAAACAAAUGUAUUUAUAUGUCCAUACACAAAUUGUGAGUCUUUACAUACAACCAGCAACAGUUUGGAAGAACAUAUCGAAAACUAUCAUAGACAACCACCAACACUGCCAACUGAACCAGAAGUAAUAUGCUUUGAAGAUUCUGAAAAUGCAAUAGAUGAGGAAAUUAUACAAAGUACUGAGGAAUGUUAUGAGAACAGAACAAGUGAUGCUUUUGCAAUAAAAGCACAUCAGUAUGAUGACAAUAAUGAACAAAAUAUUCUUAGAAGUGACAAUAUGCAGCAACAAAAGAAAGAAACCUCUCAUGAUCAGAGUACUGCAAAUGACAAUUCUAGUAAGGAAGAUUAUUCUUCCAAUUCAGAAACUGUAACUGAUGCCGUUACAUUUCCUAUGAAUGAAAAUGUAAUGAUAAAUACAGAGAAUUUUCUAUCCAAAUAUGAUGGCAGUACGAAAAAUUCAGAACUUCAGUCAGAUCAUUCCCAAGAAAAAGUUAACGUCGUUUAUGUAAAUGGUGAUAUUACCAUUACUAAGAAUUCAAAAAAUGAAGUAUGUAAUAUGAAUUCAAGAAAUCAAGAACAUAGAAUAGAACUGGAUAAUUUGGAAAGAAUCUUUAGAAGUGACUUAGAUCAUGAUGUUUCAAAAACUGAGGAGAAUAUCAUAGAAACAAAUAGUAAUUGUUCAGAUGAUGAAGAAUAUACGCCAAAAAAGCAACGUAUGUCUAGAUAUAAACAAGAAAUUUACAAAUGUGCAGUUAAUGGUUGUGGGAGAAAAUAUAAAUACAUAUCCCAUUAUCGUCAUCAUCAAGACAGUCAUAAAUUAAUAACUAAUGCUAUUAGUUCAAAUUCUAGUAAAUCAAUAGUAAAACUGAAGCAAGGGAAAGCGUCGGCAGUCAGUUUUUUCUUAUGCAAGAUUCCCGGCUGUAAGGCGCAGGUGAGCAAUGUAACAAGUCUAUGGAAACAUUACCAGGACAAUCAUGCUAAUUCAAAACUGCCAGUAGUACAAGAAGCUAAGAGUACUGAAGUAUUUCGUUGCAAAAUUCCUGGGUGUGAAACAGAAUUUAGUACAACAGUAAUGUUGUACAAGCACUUCAAUGAAGUGCACUCAAAUGGUUCUGGCAACAAUGCUAGCACAAACAUAAAGACUGGGAAUGGGAGUAGUUUUCAUUAUACUGAAAUAUUCAAAGAUGAUGCUACCACCCUGCAAGGAAACUUUAAGACUGACUUUAAGGCAAAGAAUAAUAUUAAUGCAAAUGAUUGUACGAAAAGUACCGAUGAACAAAGAUUAUCAUCAGUUGUUAAGAAAGAAACUCGAGAUUGACUUGAGACGAACUAGUAUCUAUAAACGUGAUGAUAAAUAAUUGUAGCGAUAUGAAUCAGAGUAUUUUACUAGGGCCGCAAGUAUUCGAACUAUCAAACGAAUUAUUGUUCCUCUCUCUUCAAGAGCGAUUCUACUUCUUGUUCUCCAUCUUUUUGACUAGUCACAAUUUUAUUACGCUUUUAUUAUUGAAUUUAAGUGUAAUGGCCCUUGUUAAUUACUCAAAUCUUUGUGUCUCUGACUUUUAAUUAUAGGAAUCCAAAAUUGAAAUACAACUCUCUUAGAUCACUAGAAUUAUUCUUUUAUGAUUUUUUAAACAAAAACUGAAGCAUUGUAUAAGACAUCGUAUAAAGCAUUCAUUGAAUAAUUUUCAAAUAUCAUUUUCCAAUUUUAUUGACAAAUUUUGUAAUUUCAU